AUGGGAUGGGGAUGUCCAAUUUGGCUGGAGUUAAGCGAACUACAAGCAAUUGAAUAUUCAACUAAAAAUAAAAUCGUACAAUCUCAAAAAAUAAAUUCAUUUGAUAAUCGCUUAGAAUCAUCAUUUAGUCUUUUUUCAUCAUCAAUGUCGUUUUCUCAACCAGCAACAUCCACACCUCGAACAACAAAAUCAAAAACAAACAAAGCUCGACAAGUGAUAGAAAAACAAAAUAAUCAUGCUUUCGACGGAAAUAUGUCAUCAAUAUCGUUUCCUCAUUUUCAAGAUAUUGAUGAAUAA